CAGGGAGCGCGAGAGCUCACGGCUCCAGCUGGACCCCACAUCACCAGGAAGGAAGGGGCGGAGUCGCGGCGGCGGGAAACUGGCACUUGGAGGAAGUCUGGCCGUCUUGCCCACCUUUGUCCCGGUGUCUGCAGCUGCUCUAGCGCCAUGCCCGCCGCCGGCUCCGAGCUGCCGCUGCCCCCGUCGCCGCCCGCCGCGCAGAAGCAGGGCGCGGAGCCGCGGCCCCACGGGGAGCUGCAGUACCUGGGGCAGAUCGAGCACAUCCUGCGAUUUGGCUCCCUGAAGGGUGACCGCACCGGCACUGGCACCCUGUCUGUGUUCGGCAUGCAGGCGCGCUACAGCCUGAGAGAUGAAUUUCCUCUGCUGACAACCAAACGUGUAUUCUGGAAGGGUGUUUUGGAGGAGUUGCUGUGGUUUAUCAAGGGAUCCACAAAUGCUAAAGAACUGUCUUCCAAGGGAGUGAAAAUCUGGGACGCCAAUGGGUCCCGUGACUUCCUGGACAGCCUGGGAUUCUCCAGCAGAAAAGAAGGAGAUUUAGGCCCAGUUUAUGGCUUUCAAUGGAGGCAUUUUGGGGCAGAAUACAAAGAUAUGGAUUCAGAUUAUUCAGGUCAAGGAGUAGACCAACUGCAAAAAGUGAUUGACACGAUUAAAACCAACCCUGACGACAGAAGAAUUAUCCUGUGUGCUUGGAAUCCAAAAGAUCUUCCAUGCAUGGCCCUACCUCCAUGCCAUGCCUUUUGCCAGUUCUACGUGGUGAACGGUGAGCUGUCCUGCCAGCUGUACCAGAGGUCAGCAGACAUGGGACUAGGUGUGCCCUUCAACAUCGCCAGCUACUCCCUGCUCAUCUACAUGAUCGCACACAUCACUGGCCUAAAGCCAGGUGACUUUGUACACACUAUGGGAGAUGCACACAUUUACUUGAAUCAUGUUGAGCCGCUGAAAAUGCAGCUUCAGAGAGAACCAAGGCCUUUUCCGAAGCUUAAAAUCCUUCGAAAAGUUGAGACAAUUGAUGACUUCAAGGCUGAAGAUUUUCAGAUUGAAGGGUACAAUCCUCAUCCGACUAUUAAAAUGGAAAUGGCUGUUUAGAGUGCUUUUAAAAGAGUUGUUUGAAGGAUGGUGUCAGUCUUUACCGUGAAACUUCUUUUUGCUCUAAAGGAAGAAGGAACUAGGUAAAAAGUUGAUUGGUAACCUGUCAGUUAUUAUUUAUUAACUUAAGGCUGUUGCCACUGGCAAAUAUAACUGUACUGGUUCUCUUAAUAGUAAAAGGUUUUGCUUGAGUUUGGUUAACUGAAUGAGGAUGUAUGAAAAUGCUGAGAUUAUGACUAAAGUGAGGAGAGUAAAAACAUGUAACAUGCAUUUCAAUCCCAGUUUGUAUGAAGUUUAAUGAAUUUCAAAAGUUAUAAGCUACCCCCUCACAUUUAAGCAAGCUGAAAACAUGAGUCAUGAUGAUGUAUAGUUGUUGUGGUUGUGAUUAUUUAAUGUUUUACUUGUUUUAGAUAUUGUUAUAAUAAAAAAGUUCUG